GCGUCAUUUGCAUCGUCACUUCCUGCCGAUACCGGUGUGGACGGUGCGGAUCGUGGCUGGGCCGGUUCUCCGGUUCUUCCCCUCCCCUGCUCUCCUCCCUCCCUCCCUUUCCCUCCCUUAGCGGCCGUCGGUCGCCUGUCGCGGACUCCCUGACCCCUCCCUAACCCCUUCCUGACCUCGGUGCCGCCGGAUUGGCCCCCUUUUGCUCUUUCCCGGCCCAGUCUCAGUGUCAGGGCGAGGGGCCUUGCGGAGCCAGAGGCGCUGCAGCCGAGGCCGGAGAAUACGUCGACGACCCUCUGCUCGCCAGCCGCGUCGCUGGGUUCGCCGCCGCCAUGGCAAUGAGGCAGACGCCGCUCACCUGCUCUGGCCACACGCGGCCUGUGGUCGAUUUGGCUUUCAGUGGCAUUACGCCUUAUGGGUAUUUCUUAAUCAGCGCUUGCAAAGAUGGCAAACCUAUGCUACGCCAAGGAGAUACAGGAGACUGGAUUGGAACAUUUCUGGGUCACAAAGGUGCUGUUUGGGGUGCAACAUUGAAUAAGGAUGCCACCAAAGCAGCAACAGCGGCUGCGGAUUUCACAGCAAAAGUAUGGGAUGCUGUCUCAGGAGAUGAAUUGAUGACCCUGGCUCAUAAACACAUUGUCAAGACUGUGGAUUUCACACAGGAUAGUAAUUAUUUGUUAACUGGUGGACAGGAUAAACUGUUACGCAUAUAUGAUUUGAACAAACCUGAAGCAGAACCUAAGGAAAUCAGUGGUCACACAUCUGGUAUUAAAAAGGCUUUAUGGUGCAGUGAGGAUAAACAGAUUCUUUCAGCUGAUGAUAAAACUGUUCGCCUUUGGGAUCAUGCUACUAUGACGGAAGUGAAAUCUCUAAAUUUUAAUAUGUCUGUUAGUAGUAUGGAGUAUAUUCCUGAAGGAGAGAUCUUGGUUAUAACUUACGGACGAUCUAUUGCUUUUCAUAGUGCAGUAAGUUUGGACCCAAUUAAAUCCUUUGAAGCUCCUGCAACCAUCAAUUCUGCAUCUCUUCAUCCUGAGAAAGAAUUUCUUGUUGCAGGUGGUGAAGAUUUUAAACUUUAUAAGUAUGAUUAUAAUAGUGGGGAAGAGUUAGAAUCCUACAAAGGACACUUUGGUCCUAUUCACUGUGUGAGAUUUAGUCCUGAUGGAGAACUGUAUGCCAGUGGCUCUGAAGAUGGAACACUGAGACUAUGGCAAACUGUGGUAGGAAAGACAUACGGCCUUUGGAAAUGUGUGCUUCCUGAAGAAGACAGUGGUGAGCUGGCCAAGCCGAAGAUCAAUUUCCCAGAGACAGCAGAAGAGGAGCUAGAAGAAAUUGCUUCAGAGAAUUCAGAUUCCAUCUAUUCUUCAACUCCUGAAGUAAAGGCCUGAGCAUGAAGCAUUUGCCACAGAUAAUAUACAGUUUAUGGACUAAGAUGAGCAAGCAGAGAAUAGCGUCAGCCUCCCAGAGUUACUCUCUGCUUAGGACAACCACAGCAGUAAAUAAUGGGGAAUAUGAAUUAGCUUGAGUUUCGGAACUACUAACGUGGUGUUACCUGUAAGUGAAAACUCAGGAGUAUCUGACGAAGGCAGGUGGAGUUAUGCUAUUAUAAUACAACAGCCUGUUGUCUUUUUAAUGAAUAUGUGCAAGCCAACAUCCAAUUUCUCUUAUUACAAUUAGAUUUCUUGUAGCUGUUUAUGUUAUUAUGGAAAAGAAAAAUAUAUUGGCCUAUUUUUCUGACUUUCCCUUACAGCAGAAUGCUUUUUUUUUUCCUUUUCUUUACUUGCAAAGAAGAGGGAAUACAUGAUAAAGUAACUGGUUUGAUUUCUUUUCAUUGUACCUGCUUCAGAACAUCUAAUUGUUUUUAGUUGUCUAAAUAAAAUGUCUCUAAAACAAAA